AGUUAUUUUGCUUUUGCUUCUCGAACAGCAGCAAAAGUUUUGUGUGAAAAGAAAGCGUCGUUACCGCACCUAUUUUUGUUGAAUUAUCAGUGAAAAAGCGUUUCGGUGGCAUAAACAAACAUGAGUGUGGAAGAUGAAGUGCUCAAGAUUCAGAAGAAAUUAAGUAAAAUGACCUCACCUGAUGGUACAGGACAAGAACAAGCACUGGAUUUGCUAAAAGCCCUCCAAACUCUCAAUGUUGAUUUGGAUAUUUUGACUAAAACCCGAAUAGGGAUGACUGUGAAUGAAUUGCGAAAGAGCAGCAAGGAUGACGAGGUGAUUAGCCUAUCAAAGACGCUUAUAAAGAACUGGAAGCGCUUCCUAGCUGUAACGCCGCAAGGUAAAGAAUCAUCUAGUAGUUCAUCGAAGAACUCAUCAAAAUCAUCAAGUAAUAGUAGUGGCAAGAAGGAAAGUAAACGCGAUGAUAAGGAAAAGGAUCGAGGAAGAGUCCAAACAAGCUUCCCAGCUUCAAGCAAUUCAAUGACCGACGCUAUUCGUCUCAAAUGCCGCGAAAUGCUGGCGAAUGCCCUCAAAACUGAUAAUGAUCCCGAUGUGAAUUCAACAGCCGAUGAACUAGCUGAGGAGCUUGAAGAUGCUAUUUUCUGUGAAUUCAAGAACACCGAUAUGAGGUACAAGAAUCGCAUUCGUUCCCGCGUGGCUAAUUUGAAGGAUCCCAAAAAUCCCACUUUGCGCACAAACUAUUUGGGUGGUGCGAUAACUGCUGUUAAAUUGGCCAAAAUGACCCCCGAAGAGAUGGCAAGUGACGAAAUGAAGAAGCUCCGUGAGCGUUUUGUCAAGGAGGCAAUCAAUGAUGCCCAACUAGCCACCGUACAAGGUACCAAGACCGAUCUCCUCAAAUGCGGCAAAUGCAAGAAGCGCAACUGUACCUACAAUCAAAUACAGACACGAAGUGCUGAUGAACCUAUGACUACAUUUGUCCUUUGCAACGAAUGUGGACAUCGUUGGAAAUUUUGUUAAAUUUAUCCAACAACAACACUUCGUUAAACUCAUUAAUGCAUUUCCCAAAUACCCCCCACCACCCUCUUCUCCUACUCUAAAAUAAAAAAAAUGCUGGCUAUAUAUUAUUGCUGCUUCCAUCACACACCCCCUUCACCCCUCUAAAUAUUGAAUUCAAAGCAAUUCAGUGUGAGAAUUCUAUAGAAGAAAUGAAAUCAUUGAAGAAAUUCAGCUUAUUCUUUACCUACAAAGAAAACAAAAUCAACAUCGUGUUAUUAUCUCUAGCUAGAGAGAGAGAGUCUAGAAAGAUUUACUGAACAAGAAAUUAUGUGCAGAUUGAGAGAAAAAAAAGUAACAAACAUUUAAAUAAUAUUUUAUUUUACUUAUCAGAAGAAAUCCUCCUUUACUACAUUUGCAGUGAAUUGACCUUUUUUUUCUUCUUCUAUUGAUGUAUAAUUAAAAUUAUGUUUUUGUACCAUGUACAUGUGAAUUAAAUUGGUAAAAUGAUUGAAAAUUGAAAACAUUCUUACACAAUAAAUAAAGAAUUGAAAACCACAA